CAACACUUUCAUUCUGACAGUAACAACUGAUUAUAACCAUUACAGGAACCAUGCAGACCUACGUACCGGUAGUUCUCAUUUUGAUGGCGGUGCUUGGUAAAUGUAGUAGCCAAGGGACUAUUGCGACAGAUGAUUGUACUGUUUGUGGGGAUCCGCACAUCGUAACCUUUGAUGGAAAGCGUAAACGUGAUAACUUGGUUCCCGGUGUGUGGCAUGUUCUUUCACAAGAUAACGUGAAUACUCCGCCUCGCUGGAUGGUUACAGCCCUAACAGAGUUUCAUAAGGGUGGACCAAGAACGAAACUUUUAACAGUUAGUUUCACUUGCAAAUUGAUUGAUGGAACUGACAAUGUAGACACGGUUGACAUGGCGACAGUUGCACAAUUCGGUCCAGGACAAGUAUUUGAUUGCCCCUCCCAGCAAGUCAGCAUCACUAUUGGCCCUCGUCGCUGUGUGAAAAUAACCGUUGCUGAACCAAGGUGGAUUGAUGGAACAGCUGGACCAUGUGGUGACAACGACGGCGACAAAACCAACGACUAGUCACAAGGUGGACAGAUUCAAGGAUCAUGGACAGCCACAUCGGACUUUCGGACCCGGACAAGGAUUAUUCAAUCAUAGCGGGUAUUAUGGCGGGACUGCAGCGCUUCUUUUAUUUGACGUUUUCUCGUUCAUUUUGAGUUAUUCUACACAGAGCAGACUUUCGGCACAGUUGAUAAACGAUGAAGUUUUGGAAAUUGAAUGUGUUCUAACGUGUUUCUAGUCUAAACAUUUGAUUGUGUGUAGAAGUAUUUAGCAAUAUUUUGCAUGGUAUGUGUUAUCCAGGUUGCUGCUCCUGUGGGACAGUUUGUAAUAACAAGCAUGUAGGUUCACAAUGUAAGCAAAAGGAUUGAACUGGAACCAAAGAUAAAGACCCACGAGGUCAAUUGGGAGGUUUAUUAUAAUUUUGAGUUAUUCUACACAGAGCAGACUUUCGGCACAGUUGAUAAACGAUGGAGUUUUAGUAAACUGAAGGCGUGUUAACAUUUUUUGUCUAAUAUUUGACUUUGCGUAGAAGUAUUUAGCAGAAUUUUGUGUGGUAUUUGUCAUACAGGUUGAUGUUGCUUUGAGACAAUUUGUAAUGUGAAUACCGGUAUGUUGGUCCACAAUGUAGGCAAACAAAUUGGACGGAACCAAAGAAAACGCCCACAAAAUUAAUUGGGAGGUUCAAUUAAAAUUAAA